AUGGCAGACGAAACUCGCCUCCAAUCUCUGCGCCAACUCUCCACCGGUCAAGUCUUCCAGGUCGAGGCGUACUACCACUCAGAGUCUCAGCAGCACAUCAUCCUUUGGGGCGACAGGAGGUCUUUGCAGAUGGACACCGUCUUCGACCACUCGUCGCUCCUACAAGAGCGAGCGCUUUCUUACUGGAAUAUGAAGGAGAUGCGUGCAAUGAGGAUGGGACCUGUGGAUGUGGAUAUGGAUGAGACUGACGAGGAGGAGGAGGAGAUGGACGGAGACGAGAAUGGACAUGGUGAUACAAUGGACAACCAGAGCGGCAACAGGACUGGAGUUGACCACAGUGACACUGAAAGGUCGGUGUUUUCACAAGCAUUGGUAGCUGCAUAG